AUGGUCUACAAGCAAUCCGUGCCAGGAUCUCUGGAUAUGGCUGCCUCACCGAGGAUGUUGCUUCUCUCUGUAUCACUCCUUCAAUUUUCUAUUCAAUGUGUACAAGCCAAUUACCAUUGUGCUGCUCAGUACAACAGAUAUCCAGAUAACCGGGAUAUCUCCAUUGAUUGUGGUGCUCAUUUGAUCAACCUGUCCAUUAACCUUUGCCCUCCACUCUUUGCUGGCUUCGAUCCUCUAACCCUUGCACUGAAUGGCCGAUAUAAUGACACAAAGUGCAAGGGGAGAGCGGAUGUCUCAGCCACACCCCCGGUGAUUCGAUAUUCUGUCAUUGUUAAUGAUGUCGACUUCAACAACUGUGGCAAUCAUUUCAAAAUUCUCGACGAGGCUCCAGGAGCUGGAACCUUUGCCCAAUUUUCCAAUCUCCAGUCCGUUGUCAUCUCCGGUUUUAUAGAUCCCCCGAACGAUCAUACGGUGAUGAUCAGUUACAACCCCAGACUAUACUAUAAAUUCUCCUGCAAGUACCCUCUUGAAUAUAUCCUAAACAACACAAGGCUCAUAACGUCUUCCAUUUCUAUUGCAGUCGCAACAAGCAACGGUAGCUUCAGCAGCACUCUUACCCUGCAGCUGUAUGAUGACCAAGAUUACACUUCACCACUGAUUGUCCCCGACAGUGGUCUUCCACUCAGAUACAAGGUUUAUGUUGAAGUCAGCAUCAGUAAUCUAACUGCAAACUUUAAUGUCCUCCUGGAUCACUGUUUUGCCACACCAUCACCAUUUAAUCUCUCCUUGCUUGACACUGGAUACAUCUUCUUCACUGGGUGCAACAUUAGCCCUCGCACAACUAUCCUCAGAAAUGGAAUCAGCAAGAAAUCCCGGUUUGUUUUUGACACAUUCCGGUUUAAUGAGCAUAGAGACAGGAAGCUCUCGACAAUCUACGUACACUGCAUUACCAGGCUCUGUGAAACCAAAACCUGUCAGACUUUGCUACAAGGCUGCUAUGGUAAUGGGAGAAAGAGGCGAAAGCGAGAAAUUUUCACUGAUCAAAGAGUGACAACACAAACCUUCACAGUUUCAUCUGGACCCAUUUACAUCAGGGAAGAAGAUUAUUUGACCUCUGGAACCCCAGCACCUCUGAAUGGAGUGACCCAGAGCACAAAGAACCACCAUAUGACCCUGGUGGGUCCAAUUGUUGGCAUUGUGCUAGCAAUUGCUGCUGGUCUUACAAUGAUUGCAAUCAUCAGAAUGUGGAGAAGGAAUCAGUUGUCUAAGAGGAAACAGCCAGAGCAGGAUUGCAAUAAUGUGGAUUACUCCAGCAGAAUCCCUACAUCGCCUUGGCCUAUGUUUUCUCCAAAAUCUCUAGCCACCUUCCAUUCUGACCUCUAA